ACAGUGUUGUAGCAGUGGAAAUGGACACUGAUGUAUUUGUAGCAUUUGUGGAAGAGGAGUCGCUUUUUUUUGUAACCGACGGUGCAGCCGCCCGUGAGCCCCGCUGGUGCUACCCGGAAAUAUUACAAGGGCCGGAAAGGACCGAUGUUAAGGGAGCACACGUCACUCACUUUUACCCAAAAAUAUUACCACCGACCAUCCAAAAUUGUCUCGACCGUCGAAUUUUUUUAUCUGAAGCUCCCUGUCGACGCAGACCGGUGGUAAUGAAGUGAAUAGACGGCGGCUGCGGUAUCCUAUGGCGUUGGUUUCUUCUGGGAACCGUGUAAGUGUUGACUCAGCUCAGCAUCAGUGAAAAUGGCUCUCGCUAAAGCCUGGAAAACAGCACGCAGAAAUGGUAGCAGGUGAUAGCUAGUCGGUUAGAAGAAGGCGUGACAGGCCUCAACCAUCUGCAACUGUGCUCUGGAUGCGUAGGAUUGGUGAUUUACAUUAAAAUGAGAGGCAGCCAAACAUGCGAUAGAUUACCUCCCUCAUCUACCAGGGGAGCGCUUGCCCCCCACCAGGUUCAUCGCAUCGAUUAGAGGAAACGGUAAGAUAUAACGAGCUGUAGGAACAUCUUGGCUGAACAAGGAUGAGGAGCCUUGCUUAGAUGAAGGAUAAUGUCAACGCAGUUACUCUCAAAGGAAACAAGAAGUCAUUUCUUCUGCUUCUCAAUAAAAAUCACAUUUUUAGCAUUUUUUUUAAUUAGAUGGAACUCAUCUACUUGUCUUAAAGACACUUUUACCCUUUAAUCAUAAACUCAUCUUCCCGGCCACCCCACUCAUUUUGGAAAAAGAGUGUGGGCAUUGGAUUAUCAACAGGGAGCACCAGAAGUUAACUAUCUGGAGGGACGAACUUGGUAUUUAAGACAUUCAAGUAGUUCUGGGAAAUAAAGUAGAAUAACCUCACGCUAAAGUUUAUCUUUCACCAGUCACUGGUGGGAUCAUUGUUUUUUCGCUCCUAGCGCUGGAGGUUUGGCGCCUGCACCCCCAUGUGCCAGUGAGUGGGAAAUGUUCCAAUUUGGAAAGUACAAUCUGGACAUUAUAGAGAUGUUAAGUGGGCACCAGGCCCACCAGUUUAAAGGCCUUGGUUUAGAUCGACAACUACAGCAUCAACAGCAAGUGCAACUUCACCAGCAUCAACUCCAGCAGCAGCAGCAACAACAGGCUGAAUCUUCUGGAGCUCUUCUGUCUGGACUUGGCUUGGGACCCCUGCAGGGGUCAAGAGGUAACGCCUUUUCUGAUUCUGCCUCCAUUUUUGCCAAGAUGAGUGCCCCUCCUCCCCCACCUUUACAACAACAGCCUUCCUCAUCUCAGAGCUCUCGUUCAAAGUCAAGCAAGAUGAGCAGCAGCAGCUCAAGCCAUUCGUCAGGCUACCCACAGUUCCUGCGCUCUUUCCACCCGUCUGAGGCAGCACUAGCACAGGAGCAGUUACAUCCAGGUGUAGGCCGUUUCGAGCACUUUGCUGGGGCAAGUAGCAGUAGUGGGAGUGCUGGGGGUUUAGGAGGAUUAAUAACAUCAGCACCUCCACCCCCUCCUCCUUUGCAUCCCGGCCUCUCUGUCCCCCAAGCAUCAUCUGGUCCUUCCUCUUCCUCUCCUUCCCCUUCAACAUCUGUGGCCACCUCUAAUAACCCUUCUAGCAGCAGUACAGUCAGCUCUUUGGGACACCAGUUGGUUGGGGCCCAGUCUGAUGCACGAAGCCUUCACCAACAGUUUAGUUGCAUGUUAGCUGCUAAUCAGUAUUUCCUUUCUGGGGUGCCUUCUAAUGCUAGUUUAGAGCAAUUUCUUGUUCAACAGGGAACGCAUAACCACUUGGGGCUUAGUUUGAGUCAUACAGGCGGGGACCCUAGUCUUGCUCCGCCUCCUGCUUUGCAUUCUUCUCACUCACAUGGCCACUCCACUUCCCAGCCACAGCAGGCUCCACAUCAGCCCCCUCAGCAGCAACAGCUUCCACCUCACACUCUUUCUCAUCCUCACUCUCAUUCCCAUCCUCACCACCCACUCCACCCAGGCUCUCAUUCUUCAUCACUGAGUGGCUUCGACUUCCAGGGCAUCCCUGUUCUCUCAUCAAAUCAGUUAGCCUCUCUGAUGCAGCAGGAAGCAGGUUUGCCUCUCCCCUUGCCCCUUCAUUUAUCCUUAUCUAAAGAUGACGGUAAAGGUGAAAGUAGUGGAGGUGGAAGUAGUAGUAGUAGUGGUGGCAGUAGCAGUAGGAGAAAGAAAGCUAUGGCCGGCUAUUUGCCGCAGAGAAAAUCUGAUAGUGCUAGUAAUAGCAGCAGUGGUCAUGGCCAUGUCAGCCACAGUGGUAAUCUCACCACUAGCAGUCAUGGUCAGCCCCCGGCUUUAAUUGGUAGUGGGGUUGGUAUGUCAAGUAUGGGUGGAGACCCAUCAUCCCUUCUAGCCUCAUCAUCUUCAUCCUCAUCAGUAGUUUCUUCCUCCUCCUCCUCUGCUCCCUCUUCCACUGCUGCCUCAGUACUGGUUACUAAUAAUUCUCACCUUUCUAAAUCUGAUCUGAGCUCAAUGCAACCCAACAACUCAGAGUCUGAUGUAGAGCCUGUUUAUAGCUGUGGAGAGUGUUGCAAAAGCUUUCCUCACCUUUCAAGCCUUCGCAGACAUUUGCGCAUGCAUGAGCCAACUACAGCAGGUACUAGCAAUGCUUCCUCUACUGGCCCAAACCCCAUUCAUAUUAAACCACAGGCUGACCCAAGCCUUCCCCAUUCUACCCAAGAAACCCCCCAAACCCCGCAAACCCCGCAAACCCCGCAAACCCCAACAAUUUCUUGUCCUAGCCCAGACAAAAUAUUUAACUGUCCUGACUGUGGCAAAGGCUUUAAGAAAAAAGGGCACCUCCUGCAACAUGGAGUUUUACACUCUUCAACGCGCCCAUAUGGCUGCUCCACCUGCUCUCGGGCUUUUAAUCGUAGAGAAUCAUUGACACGCCAUGAGAAGAUACAUGAGGAAAAGCCUUUCCGAUGUCCCGCCUGUGGUCGUGCCUUCCGUGAGAGCACCUCUCUACUGAACCAUGCUGCCUCAGGCACCUGCGGCAAGCCAGGUAGGGGACCCAAACAAAGGGGGAGCAAGACAGAAACUGAGGGUGAGGACAGAGUCGGGGGAGGGGGUAAUGGAGGAGUGGGAACUUAUCACAGCAAUAGAGGUGUUAUUUAUGGGAAAACUGAGGAAGACGAUGGUGUAAUCAUUGUGGGGGAAGGAGAACCAAAAUCAGGUUUAGGAUGUGAUGGUCUUUUUCAGUCUGCAAGGGGAGGGAAUUCAAAUGACAGGGACAGAACAGAUGCUAAAUACCCCACUGACUACUCUCGGAAUCGUUACACAGGCUACCAUGAUGACCAUCGUUCUCAGGGGAAUCCAUCUCCAUGCUACUCUGGUGCCUCCCCCUGUGGAAGUGGGAUGGCGGGCCCAGCUCUGAGAAAGGCACCAUUGGCUCCAACACUGCAUCCACACUCACAGAGCCACAACCAGCACCACCAACAGCAGCAACAGCCCCACCUGCCCCUUUCUUCUCUACUGGAUGACUCAGAGGAUGAUGUCACUAGCUCUGUCAAUAAUGCAAUCUCCGCAAUAACGGCAGCUAGUAACAGUGGAAAUAGAGGGGACGAUAGGGGAGACAUCAUAGGAGGUCUUCUAGGUGGUCUUGGUUUAGGACCUCUUGGCUCACCUUCAUCUACAUCUGGUUUGGAUAAGAAUUUCAGAGGUGGUGGGAGCCAGGAUGCCAUGAGCAGCAACCAACAGAAUCUUGCCGCCAAACCAAAACGUCCACGCAAACCGAGAGCUAAAAAAGAUCCUGCAGCUCCUGGACAACCCCCCAAACGUAGGCAAUACACCCCAAGAAUGGGGCCCAGUGGCCUCCCACCCACCCACCUCUGCAGUGUUUGUGGCAAGGGUUUUGCACGUCGCGAGACCCUGCGCAGGCAUGACCGCAUCCAUACUGGAGAAAAGCCCCAUCACUGCACUGUUUGUGGAAAGUAUUUUAGAGAGGCUUUUCACCUCAGCAAGCAUCAAACAGUCCACUCUGGGGCAAAAAAUUACAAAUGCAGCAUCUGUGGGAAAGAGUUUGGUUACUCCCAGAGCCUCAGGAGGCACAGCAAACUCCAUAAGAAGGGAGAGCUGGAAGAGGUACCCACAACACCAGCUGCGGAGAACCUCAACAGCUUUAACCCAAACCCUCAAUGUAGCGUUGCCCAAGACAGGAGCCAGAACCAAGCUCCAAGCACCUCCACCUAUUACUCCUACCCUCAAGACGUCAAACCUCAAGACACCAACCCCCAGACACAGCCUCCACCGCAUCCACAGAGCCAACCUCCGCCUCGACUCUACACCUGUGCUAUAUGUUGGAAGUCUUUCCGCCACCACUUCCAUUUGACUGCUCAUCACCAGACGGUUCAUGAAGGUGGGGGUGAAAAGUUAUUCUGCUGUGAAGUAUGUGGGAAAGCAUUUGCUUACGCUAACAGCCUCACCCGACAUAGGCAGUCACAGCAUGGGAUAACCCGCUCUGAAGCACCUAACUCACAAGAAGGCAGCAGUGGGUCUGUAGACAACAGAGGUGUGAGUGAUGUUAAUCAGUCAACAUCAGAGAGUGAGGCUGCUACCAAUACCCUGCUACAGAUGGCUCCUUCCUCUGAAGGCCAUGGAGGGCAGGGUCUUAGUGUCGUCACUCAUAGCCAUCAACAGCCACCCCAGCAACCACCAUCUGGUUACUCUCCCCUCUUCUAUGAUGCUGCAGCCCAAUCCUCAGCCUCUGGUGCUCCCUCUUACUCACAGCCUCUGCCUCCAAACUCUACAAUCAUGGCCCCUCAGCACCCGCAUUCCCCAGCCGGGGUAAAAGGAGAGCACAUAUAUCCAGCUGGAUCCCGUAGCCGUACGCUCCACACCACAGCCCCAUUCCAGCCCCUCACCGAUCUGCCCUCCACUGAACAUCAUCAUCUGCAUCAUCAUCAUCAUAUCUCCCCCCACCAUCAUCUUCAUCCUCAGUCAGGUUCCCAGUCCCAGCAAAACCUUGACUGCAGCAUCCAGUUGUCAAAUUAUGAAAUGAGACGACAAAAGAAGAAAAGAAAAAGGUCUGACCGGAGAGAUUGGAGGGAAAAUAAAUUGGAAUCCCAAGAUUUAGUCAGAUUCGAUGAAAGCAAAAAGAAGAGAAAGAUAAGUUGUACAAUAAGAGGGCAGUCGAAUAAAAAACAAGGCUCUCUUCGCUUGACGAUUAGACGAGGCGAGGGAUCAGGUGGUAGUGGCUAUAAGCUUGUCAACACCGGGGGAAUGAAGGUGCAGAUCCUCUCGUCUCUCAAAGUCCCAGUUAAACGUUUUGGCUGUCCUAUAUGCCCCAAUUCUGUGUUUUCCCGUAAAGCGGGACUGCUAGUCCACAUGGCAGUUAAACACCCACAAAGAGCCUCUACCACUCAAGAGCGACUAAGGUGCCGUGUAUGUGGGAAGCAGUCUCCCAGGCCUUUGGCAGCCUUCAUUCAUCGGGCCGUCCAUCGUGCCAAAGGGACUUUUUCUUGCCGACGCUGCUCCACUCGCUUCUGGAAUGCUACACUGCUCUACAGGCACAAGGUGUCCUGCCGCCGCAGGGCAAAAGGACUGCAACGAGGAGACGCCAGCAGGCUGAAGUUAUCAAAAAGAGCAGGAGAGAAGGAGACCCGAGAGGGUCAGGAGGAGAUGCCAUUCAUACAGGGACCAUACAGAUACUGAGCAUCCUGGUAUCUGAAAAGAGGCAAACCAGAGAGAGAUUUCAGUUCUUAAAUGGGAAGGGGGAAAAAAAGGGACUUGAAAAGGCAAAAGCUGCCUUUUUAAGAGUUAUCCUCAUGUCUCUGUUGACAUCUAUUCUGCUUAAUAUUAGAAUGCGUGUGUUAACAACUACUGUAGAGCAUCCUAUAAAAUAUCACCAGAAAUUCUUCCAGGUUAUAUUGGAAGAGGUUUUCAAAGAUGUGACUGUUUCCAUAGAUUCAUUAACCCAUUAAGUGCAUUGACACUGUGCUUGGCUGACACUGUGCAGUAACUAGACAAGUUUAGGUGAAAUGACCUGCUAAUGUAUCUCUUUCCCAUAACCAGACUCCCUGCUUCACCUCUUGCUGUAUGAUAAACGUCUCUACUGUGUACUUUGUUUUGUUGUUGUUCACUUAGAAGAUUUUUUUUAAAUGUAAAGUGCAUUUAUUAGGAGUAGGGACAUGAGGACAAAGACCUUUUGUUGAUAGUUUGUCAGUGCAUGUUUGUUCUCUGGUCAAGUUUUUAGCUGAGGUUGUGAAAUCACUCCUACAGUAUGUGAUGGUUUAUUCAGUAUAUCCCAGGAGUUUGUAGUGUAAAACUUGAUUUGAAGGUUACUCUAUAUUCCCCAGUGAUUGAAUCACAAAUAGUUAAAUUGUCAAAGUUGCUGGUAAUUAGCAUUUCAAGGAUCCCUCUCCUGCCAAAAUGAAGAAUCUUUCAAAAAGCCUUGCUUAGUAUGUACACUUUACUUCAUUUAUUUGAGAUAUUCCUAGCUUUUAUACCAAGAGAUUGAAAACAGGUAAAACAAGUGGACUGUAACACAUGUUUAUCUCAUGUUAUUUGUAUGCUCUUUUUAGCAGUGAUUAUUUCUACUGUACUUCACGGUGUGUAAAAGACAAGGACCUAUUAUAUUAGAAACAAAUGUAAUAUUCCAUGUAUUUAUGUGUGUAACCCAAUCAGUCUUCAUGCAAACCUUAUACUUAACCCCUUUUACUUUUUGCUGAGUUUCAAUCAUAUUAUUACUGUCACAACUUGUUUUGUUUUUUCGGCUAAAAAUGUACAUUUUAAGUAAAUCAUGUCACUUUAUUCACAUGAAAUGUUCAUACCCCUGUCAAGCCUUGCUUUUCUUUUUUUUCUUAAGAAAAAAUAUAGUUUUAGUAGAUUUCUAUCACAUUAUUUACUGAUAAGUCAGUAGUUGAUUAUAUUUCAGCAAUGAAUAAACCUUAAGUGUAAUCAUUUGUUUUCCUUUUAUUUCUCAUUCAAAGUUGACAACUGCAAUAUCCAGAAGAUGGUACAAACAGCUAGUCAUGAGUAAGUUUUAACUUUCACCAAAGUCAGUAAUGCAUAUAAUAAUUUUUAGCUUGAUGUUUAAUGUGAAUUUCAUAUCAAUUUGUGGAUUAAAUGGUUAUUUUUUUUGGAUGUAUCAUAAUCACCUUCAUUGGCCAAGUAUGUGUAAACAUACAAAGAAUUUGAAUCGUUUGCAUUGUUCUCAGUUUGCACAGAAAUAUGUGACGGCUAGGAUCAAGGACAACAAAAAAGAGGGAUGUGCAAAGAUAUUAAAAAAACAAACAAGUAAAAAAACACGAAUGAACGUAAUUAAAACAAAACAAAAAAAUCUAUAAGUGUUCUGAGAGUUGAAAACUAUAAAAAAUGGUUUGACAUGGAUGAUCAUAUGUCUAUAUAUGCUGAAUGGAACGUAAAGGAUUUGUAUUGACGGUGGCAGACAAUAUUGACAUAUAAACAAACCAAUGGAUUAAAAGACAUAAUCUAUAAUAGGAUCAAUGUUUUGGUACACAGGGUUAUACAAGUGUAUGACAGAUGUAACUGUUCAUCAGAGUCUCUGAGUUUACUGUUCUGGAGUAAAGUGUUGUGUAGUGCUUGCUUACCAGAGGGGAGGCAGGUUGAAUUAAGGCCUAAUGUUACUGCCAGAUUAUUCUGGGGUAAUGUCUUGCUUUCAAUAAUUAAAAUGCUCAGUACAUUAUCACUAUAUUAAAAUAAAGGACUGUGUACAACACCUCACUCCACCAGAUGGCAGUAAGCAACUCAUUUAUACUGUCCUCUUGGCCUGGUGUGGAUGUGUGGCAGUCACAUGGAUUUUGCACUGAUAGGGGGUGGACUGGAUAGUGUUGUAUGACUCAGUGAAUUAUCUGCCCGAUUAAUACCUAAAAGCAAAUACAAUGCUUGAGUAUCACUUGGUAAUCUCACUUUAAUGUUAAGAAAUUAAUGUGAUUUGAGGGUGAAAUUAAAUGCAUGCAUUUUUGCAUUUGUAUAAACUAUAAAUUCACAGCA